AUGAACCGCCUCAGCCGCUCCCACCGCUCCACAAAGAUCCCAAACGUAAAGCUCCGCCCCGCAGCAGCGCCCGAUACCAACGCGUCCACCUCGUCGUCGGGUCCGUCGUCGUCGAAACGCUCCCGCGCCCACAACGACGCCCGCGACCACCUCGAGGAUGACGAGCACUUCCGCCAGCUCCGCGACGACGGCGUCGACCGCGGAGCACACAUCGACGCCGACUUCAUCGGCGGCUCGGCCAGGCCCCUGCGCGGCGCCAUCAUCUCCAUGACCGGCCUCGGGGAGGCAAAGCUCACACUUACCGCCUACGCCACAGAGAUGGGCGCACAGGUCGAGGGCAACCUCACCGAGGACGUCACACACCUCAUCGCAGAGCGCCCGGGCUCGGAAAAGUACCGCUGCGCCCUCGAGCUCGGCAUGCACAUCGUCCACCCGGACUGGAUCACCGAGAUGCGCGAAAAGUGGCUCGACGGCCAGGACGUCGACCCGGAAGACCUGCAAGACGCCUACCGGCUCAGGCCCCUCGAGGGCGUCACCCUGGCGUUCGCCGGCUGCAGCACGGCCGACAGGCGCGCCUUCAAGAAGCUCGCCUCCGCGCUCGGCGCCACCGUCUCAAACGAGCUCCGCUUCGACGGCAGCAUCACCCACCUCGUCUCGGGCACCGCCGAUCCGAGGGCGUCCGAGAGCAUCCGCUACGUCGUGCACUUCCAGCAGCGGGCCCGCAGCGGCAUCGAGGGCACCAAGGAGGACGCCGCCGCCAGCAUCCUCGUCGUGCGCCCAGAGUGGCUCAACGACUGCCAGGACGCCGACGGCUGCCUCGACGAGGCCGACUACUCGGUCUUUGCCCCGCCGCCGGAUUCGUCGCUGCGAAAGGAGCUCAUCGCCAGGGCCGUCCAGAAGAUCCCUUCGCCCUUUACCCGGCGCACCGCCUUCAACACCCGCAGCCGGUCCGCCGCAAGCCAGCAGUCUCAGAAGCGCCCGCGUCUAGCCCUCGAGCGCGAGGCAUCGGGCGACCUGUCAACGCACGGCGAUGACGGCUUGGCCACUGGCAGGGGCGGCCACGACGGGCGAGAGCGAGGGCAGGAAGAGGAAGAGGAGGAGGCCGUCAUCCGCAUCAGCCGCCGCGCCAACCAGGGCGAAGGCGGUGCGGCCGGCAACGACUCGUUUGCGCGGGUCAUGUCGCAGAUCGUCCCCAUGCGGCAGCCAGGCGAAGGCGAGGGUCCCGCCUCGGGCGACGGGCAUCUCCCGCCACCAAAGCGGCUGCCCACCUCGAAAGCCAGAGGAGGUGGGGGUCUCCUGUCCAUGUCGAGGGCGUCGAGCUUCGCCGAGGCCCAGCAGCCGAUCAAGCGGAGCCUUUCCACCAGGCGUCGGAGCGACGAGGCAGCAACACGGCCAGCGGCCGACGACGUCGAUGCGGAGGCAAAGGCGGACGCUGGAGAUCUCGGCAGAUCGACCGACGAUGCUGCCACCAGCGCCAAGCCGGGCGUGUUCGCAGGUCUUACGAUCCGCAUCAACAUGCCGUCGACGAGCGUGAUCCCGGUCAUGCAGACCACUCUGACCAAGGCGGGCGCCAAGGUGCUGGUCGGCGACGAUGCCGGCUCUGCCGACUACUGCGUGGUGCACAGCAGCGGCGAACAGCCGGCUCGGGCCUCACGCGGCGACCGAUCGCCUCGGCGGCCAGCGGCAGGUCGUGGGCGGCUGGUGACGCAACGCUGGGUCGAGUACUGCCUGCACACCGAGACUCUGGUCGAGCCAGAGAUGUACUUUGCCGGAUUUCCCGCUGAGGCAAGGCUACCGCUCCAGGAAGCCGCAGGGCUGCGGGUGCUGGUGCUGGGCUUCCCAGAAGGCGGCGCCGAGGCCUAUCACGCUCGAAGGCUCUUGGAAGAGGUGGGCUGCACCGUCGUCGAGCGGCUGCGCGGCAGCACGCUCACCCACGUUCUCUGCGCCACCGACGAGAGCCGGAACAGCACCAAGGCGACCAGGGCAGCCUCGGUCGGCAUCCCGCUGGUGUCGCUCGACUGGCUCCAGGCUGCCAGGAUGCAAGGGCGAAUCGAUCCGUCCGGGCACCCGAUCGCCGUUCCGGACAGGUCAGUCUCGCGCAGCCACAGCGAGAGUCUCUCGAGGAACAGCCUGGGAGUGCAAGGGCGCCGGCCGCCGUUCAGGAGCACCAGCGGCGGAGGCCUGCCCGGCGCAGCAAGUCAAUCGCUCCACGACGAAGCCAGCCAGCUCGGUGGGGUCGAGGCGCCCCUCGCCGGCUGCUUUGUGGCCUGCGCUCGCUCGAUCGUGACGGGCACCAUUGCGAUCGAGAAGAGGGCCUUUACGCUCGGAGCCACCUUCCAGGCGGCGCCCGACUCGUCGACCACCCACCUACUCCACCAGGGCCCGGAGCGGCAAGCCCCGGACCUGCGCACGCUGGCGCCCGGCGCGGUCGUCGUCCACCCGACCUGGCUCGAUCAGUGCUACGAGAAGCGAGCGCGCAUCGACGAGCGGCUCUUUCCGCCGAGCCUGAAUCCGCACAAGUCGCUUGCCACGGCGGUGUCGGCGCCCGACGUCGAGGAGUCGAUCGGCAAGCGACUCGGGUCGUCGCAGGCCACGCUCGCUCCGACGAGCCAGCACGGCGCCGUCGCAGCUGCCAAGCCAUGGCACCGCUCCCUUUCGGCGGGCACUUCGAUGGGUGGAGACGGGGCCUCUGCGGCCGCCGUGGCGCGUGGCGAGGCGGUGACGCUCGGCCGCACGGAUCGCCACGACUACGAAGUGGCGUCGCUGCGCGAGGAGCGCGGCCGCUCGGCCAGUCCGCUGGCCAUUGAGCCGCUCGACACCGGUGACGACGAAGAGACGAUGGCGGACGUUUCGGCGGAUCUAGGAGGGGUCGGGGAGGAGACGGCGGCACGCGGCGAACAGAGGCGAGGGUCGCCGCUGCAGCCGCUGCAGGAGACGCUGGACAAGGAGGCGGCGGCCGACCAGGUCAUGGCGCUGCUGCGGAGCCGCGCGCUCGAGCAGAGCGCCAAGCGACGCUCGCGCCAGCCGCCGCGGUCGAGGAAACAACGAAGGUCGAACGAGGCCGACGUGGCGGUGGCGGCAGAGUCUGCGGGGACCGGCUCGACGUCGUCGACGUCGACAUCGUCGUGGCACACGGCGGUGAGCGCGGCGGAGCGGGUGCUGGCGCUGCAGGCCGAAAAGGAGGCGCAGAGGGCGGCCGAGGCGGCCGCGCACGGCAUCUCGCUGGGGCUGGACCGGGGCGCCACGGCGAUGCCGUCUUCGACGCAGGGCGUGUUUGACGCCAGCCUGCGGGUGGUCUACGACGAUCCGGCAGCGAGGAAGGAGAGGCAGAAGCUGCUGGACCUCGUCGGUCGGGAAGAGCGGGACGCCGCCGCCGCCGCUGCCGCUGCUGCCGAUGGCGCGGUGGAGUCCGAGACAUUGACCGAGAGGGACCAAGUGCCGCGGCGGUCAUCUUCGUCGUCUUCGUCGGCGGCGGCAACAAAGGUCGACGACGAUGAAGGACGUGGUGAGUCGCGCGGCUUUGGAGCGGGUGUGAGGCGGUCGCCGCGCAAGAGCGAGAGCCCGACCAAGCGACCGGUGGUGCGCAGACAGCCGCUGGCUCGACGGUGA